AUGGGGCCAGGGCUGUGCCAGUCCCGUGCCCUGCGCCCUCCCUGGCUGGGCAGGGCUGGAAGGGGCAGGACUGGGGCUGGCACAUCCCUGGGAUGGAAAGGACAGGACUGGGGCUGGCACAUCCCUGGGAUGGAAAGGACAGGACUGGGGCUGGCACAUCCCUGGGAUGGAAAGGACAGGACUGGGGCUGGCACAUCCCUGGGAUGGAAAGGACAGGACUGGGGCUGGCACAUCCCUGGCACGGAAAGGAGAGGAUUGGGGCUGGCACAUCCCUGGCACGGAAAGGACAGGAUUGGGGCUGGCACAUCCAUUGUGCCCUCCCAACCUUCCCUGGCUGGCACAAUUUGGGCUGGCACGUUCCUGGGAUGGAAAGGACAGGACUGGGGCUGGCACAUCCCUGGCACGGAAAGGACAGGAUUGGGGCUGGCAAAAUGUGCCCCUGUGCCCUGCCAAUCCUCCCUGGCUGGCAGGACUGGGGCUGGCACAUCCCUGGCACAGAAAGGAGAGGAUUGGGGCUGGCAGAUCCUUGGCACGGAAAGGAGAGGAUUUGGGAUGGCAAAAUGUGCCCCUGUGCCCUGCCAGUCCUCCCUGGCUGGGCAGGGCUGGAAGGGGCAGGACUGGGGCUGGCACAUCCCUGGCACGGAAAGGACAGGAUUGGGGCUGGCACAUCCCUGGCACGGAAAGGACAGGAUUGGGGCUGGCACAUCCCUGGCAUGGAAAGGAGAGGAUUGGGGCUGGCAAAAUGUGCCCCUGUGCCCUGCCAAUCCUCCCUGGCUGGGCAGGGCUGGAAGGAGCAGGACUGGGGCUGGCACAUCCCUGGCAUGGAAAGGAGAGGAUUGGGGCUGGCACAUCCCUGGCAUGGAAAGAUCAGGAUUUGAGCUGGCACAUCCCUGGCAUGGAAGGAGCAGGAUUUGGGCUGGCACAUCCCCCGUGCCCUCCCAACCUUCCCUGGCUGGCACAAUUUGGGCUGGCAGGUUCCUGGUACCUUCCCAACCCUCCCUGGCUGGCAGGAUUUGGGCAGGCAGGAUUUGGGCUGGCACAUCCCUGGCAUGGAAGGGGCAGGAUUUGGGCUGGCACAUCCCUGGCAUGGAAGGGGCAGGAUUUGGGCAGGCAGGAUUUGGGCUGGCACAUCCCUGGCAUGGAAGGGGCAGGAUUUGGGCUGGCACAUCCCUGGCAUGGAAGGGGCAGGAUUUGGGCAGGCAGGAUUUGGGCUGGCACAUCCCUGGCAUGGAAGGGGCAGGAUUUGGGCUGGCACAUCCCUGGCAUGGAAGGGGCAGGAUUUGGGCUGGCACAUCCCUGGCAUGGAAGGGGCAGGAUUUGGGCAGGCAGGAUUUGGGCUGGCACAUCCCUGGCAUGGAAAGAUCAGGAUUUGGGCAGGCAGGAUUUGGGCUGGCACAUCCCUGGCAUGGAAGGGGCAGGAUUUGGGCUGGCACAUCCCUGGCAUGGAAGGGGCAGGAUUUGGGCAGGCAGGAUUUGGGCUGGCACAUCCCUGGCAUGGAAGGGGCAGGAUUUGGGCUGGCACCAGGCAGGUGCUGCUGGAUUUUUCCCUCGGGGGUUGCUGGGAGCCAUUUCCUCCCCGGUGCUUUUGUUUCCCUCCCAGUUCUGUUUCCUCCCUGGCAUCUUUGUUUCAUUCCUGCUGUUUCAUUCCCGGAGUUUUUGUUUCCUUCCCAGAGUUUUUGUUCCCUUCCCAGCGUUAUUGUUUCAUUCCCAGGAAUUUUAUUUCAUUCCUGGUGUUUCUCUUUCCUUCCCAUCAUUUUUGUUCCCUUCCCAAUAUUUCUGUUCCCUUCCCAAUGUUUCUGUUUCCUUCCCAACAUUUUUGUUCCAUUCCUGGUGUUCCAUUCCCAAAGUUUUUGUUUCAUUCCCAAAUUUUCCUUCCCAGAGUUUUUCUUCCCUUCCCAAUGUUUUUGUUCCCUUCCCAACAUUUUUGUUCCCUUCCCAACAUUUUUGUUCCCUUCCCAACAUUUUUGUUCCCUUCCCAAUGUUUCUGUUUCCUUCCCAACAUUUUUGUUUCAUUCCCGGUGUUCCAUUCCCAAAGUUUUUGUUUCAUUCCCAAAUUUUCCUUCCCAGAGUUUUUCUUCCCUUCCCAAUGUUUUUGUUCCCUUCCCAACAUUUUUGUUCCCUUCCCAACAUUUUUGUUCCCUUCCCAACAUUUUUGUUCCCUUCCCAAUGUUUCUGUUUCCUUCCCAACAUUUUUGUUUCAUUCCCGGUGUUCCAUUCCCAAAGUUUUUGUUUCAUUCCCAAAUUUUCCUUGCCAAUGUUUUUGUUCCUUUCCCAAUAUUUCUGUUUCCUUCCCAACGUUUUUGUUUCCUUCCCAGUGUUUCUGUUCCCUUCCCAACGUUUCUGUUCCAUUCCCAACGUUUUCCUUUCAUUCCCACAUUUUCCUUCCCAGAGUUUUUCUUCCCUUCCCAAGGGAACAAAAGUUCAUUGUGGUUUUCGUUUCAUUCCCAGCAUUUCCCCCCAGCAAAUCCCAGGAAUUCCCUUCCCCUCGCACCCUCAGUUCAGCUGGGGUCAGGACAAACCCAGACUCUCGGCCGGGGUGGGGAUUUGGGAAUUUGGGGAUUUGGGGAUUUGGGAAUUUGGGGAUUUGGGGAUUUGGGGAUUCGGGAAUUUGGGGAUUUGGGGAUUUGGGGAUUUGGAAAAUUGGGAAUUUGGGGAUUUGGGAAUUUGGAAAUUUGAGGAUUCAGGGAUUUGGAAUUUUGGGAAUUUGGGAAUUUGGAAAAUUGGGAAUUUGGGGAUUUGGAAAUUUGGGGAUUUGGAAAUUUGGGAAUUUGGAAAUUUGAAAAUUUGGGGAUUUGGAAAUUUGGAAAUUCGAGAAUUUGGAAAUUUGGAAAUUCGGGAAUUUGGAAAUGUGAAAAUUUGGAAAUGUGAAAAUUUGGAAAUGUGAAAAUUUGGAAAUUUGGGAAUUUGGGAAUGUGGAAAUUUGGGAAUUUGGAAUUUUGGGAAUUUGGAAAUCUGGAAAUUUGGGGAUUUGGGAAUUUGGAAAUUUGGGAAUUUGGAAAUGUGAAAAUUUGGAAAUUUGGGGAUUUGAGAAUUUGGAAAUUUGGAAAUUCGGGAAUUUAAAAAUGUGAAAAUUUGGAAACGUGGGAAUUUGGGGAUUUAGGAAUUUGGAAAUCCAGGGAUUUAUCUCCAGCCAGGGUGGGAAUCCCCCCUCCCCUCUCCUCUCCUCUCCAAAAAAACCCCUUGAAAAGCCCCAAAUCCCCUGAACCCAGCACUGCAAACCCUUGGCAGCUCGUUUUAGGGGAACCAAACCCAGGAGAUCGGGUGCCCCGCCGGAGCCUCCCCCACCCCGGCACUUUAGGGAUUCUCUUGUUUCCCUUUUUUUUGGGUUUUUUUUGUUUUUUCCCCUCCUUUUCCCAAUUUAUCCCAUCCUAAAAAUCCUAAAAAUCGCUUUUUUUCCCCCUUGUUUGUGUGGCCAUUCCCAUGAGAGAGUCAGCGUUGGUUGUUUAUUUUUUCUUUUUAAAAAAAAAGAGAAUUCUUUCUAGAGAAACGAGCAUUUACCUUUAAAAAAAACCAACAAAAACCGUUUAAAAAAAAAGAAAAUUCAACAUUUUCGCCUUCCCUAAGAAACAAAUGCACUUGCAAGUCCUUGAUUUGCUUGGGAUGCAGAUUUUGGGAGGGGGAUCAUUGUUUUUUUGGUUUGGGUUCUUAUUUUUUGUUUUAAUUUGAAUUUUUUGGGACUCCUGGCUCUGCUGCAGGUUGGGAGCAUCCGAGAGUGUUGCACUGUUCGUUGAUUUUUUUGGAUUUUUUCCUUCUGAAUUGCUGUGACAGCAUCAAAAAUGAAAUUUUCCCUCCUUCCCAGAGUCUGCUCCCAGCCAAAGAGGGGGUGCAGAGGAGAAGGGGCUGCAGGAAUUCCGGGAAUUUGGGGAAAAGGGCAUUUCUGGAACCAAAAUUCGAUUUUUUUGUUGCUGUUUAUUUUCUUUUUCAAGCAUUUAGAGAUGAAGGUGGCUCCCCUUGGGGAGCUGUUCUGGGGGAACCCUGGCACUGUUUUGUUUUUAUUUUUAUUUUUAUUUUUAUUUUUAUUUUUAUUUUAUAUUUCUUUUUCAAUAUUUCACGGAAGAGAACUGGAAAAAAAAAACCACAAAACCCCCGAGAAGUUGUUUACAUUUUCCUGCAGCUCCUUCCCUUUUCCCAGCAGGAAAUCCCCCAAUCCCCUGUCCCAAAACCCUGGGAUUUUGGGGGUUUUUUAGGUUUUUUUGGGAUUUUUUGGGGAUUUUUGGGGGAUUUUUUGAGGAUUUUUUGGGAUUUUUUUGGGAUUUUUGGGGGGAUUUUUUGGGAUUUUUUGGGGGAUUUUUUGGGGGAUUUUUUGGGGAUUUUGGGGGGAUUUUUUGAGGAUUUUUUGGGAUUUUUGGGGAAACUUUGGAGGAUUUUUGGGGGGAUUUUUUGAGGAUUUUUUGGGAUUUUUGGGGGAUUUUGGGGGGAUUUUUUGAGGAAUUUUUGGGAUUUUUUUGGGAUUUUUGGGGGGAUUUUUUGGGAUUUUUGGAGGAUUUUUGGGGUUUGUUUUUUUUUAUUUUUUUGGGAUUUUUUUUUUUAUUUUUGGGGGAUUUUGGGAGGAUUUUUUGGGGGAUUUUUAGGGCAUUCCCACCUUUCCAGGAUGGGAAUUUUCCCAUUUCCACCCUGCCCUCCAAAUUUCUCACCCUUUUUACCAGCACAUGGAAAACUCUGCUUUUCUCAUUUCAGGUGUUCUUUUUGGGGUAUUAUUUUGAUUUUUUUGGGAUUUUUUCCAUUUAUUUUAGGUGUUCUUUUUGGGGUAUUAUUUUGAUUUUUUGGGAUUUUUUUCAUUUAUUUUAGGUGUUCUUUUUGGGGUUUUAUUUUGAUUUUUUGGGAUUUUUUGUGGUUUUAUUUUGAUUUUUUUGGGAUUUUUUUCAUUUAUUUCAGGUGUUCUUUUUGGGGUUUUAUUUUGAUUUUUUGGGAUUUUUUUUCAUUUAUUUUAGGUGUUCUUUUUGGGGUUUUAUUUUGAUUUUUUGGGAUUUUUUGGGGUUUUAUUUUGAUUUUUUUGGGAUUUUUUUUUUCAUUUAUUUUAGGUGUUCUUUUUGGGGUUUUAUUUUGAUUUUUUGGGAUUUUUUUCAUUUAUUUUAGGUGUUCUUUUUGGGGUUUUAUUUUGAUUUUUUUUUAUUUUUUUCAUUUAUUUCAGGUGUUCUUUUGGGGGUUUUAUUUUGAUUUUUUGGGAUUUUUUUUCAUUUAUUUUAGGUGUUCUUUUUGGGGUUUUAUUUUAAUUUUUUGGGGGAUUUUUUCAUUUAUUUUAGGUGUUCUUUUUGUGGUUUUAUUUUGAUUUUUUGGGAUUUUUUUCAUUUAUUUUAGGUGUCCUUUUUGGGGUUUUAUUUUGAUUUUUUGGGGGAUUUUUUCAUUUAUUUCAGGUGUUAUUUUGGGGUUUUUUUUGGGGUUAUUUUGGGGGUUUUUUUGGGGUUAUUUUUGAUUUUUUUGGGGUUUUUUUCCCAUUUUGCCCUCCCUGCUGGCCUUGUCCCCAAAGUGUCACCUCCACUCUGAGACAAUCAACUCCAAAAGGGCUUCCCCACCCAAAUAAUCCUCCAAAUAAUCCAAAUAAUCCUCCAAAUAAUCCAAAUAAUCC